AUGGAUGAUAAAGUAGUGGAGGAGAACAAUGUGGAGUGGCCAUUGUUGACACAACAAACAAUGACGGAGCAAGCUGAACAACAGAGAUUGGAGAUGAUACGCAAUAACUUGUUGGAAGACUUGAGGAUAUCUUUACAACAUAUAAUAUAUACACUUAUACGUGAAGGUGACAAUCCUCAAUCAACGACAACACUAUACUCUGAUAGCUUUGGAGUUGAUCGUCUAUGUGUAUCAAUCGAGAAGAUAUUAUCUCAUGACUUGUUGGCAAGUUACAACUUGUGGCGUGUCAUUCAACUUUGUCAGACGUGUGCCGCACAGCCUACGAUCGCCCCGCUCGAUUUUGAGGACAUACGACUCAAUGCUCAACUGUCUGAUGCGAGGGGCAAGCCAAGAGCAUACAUCAGACGCCUACUCAAUGCCAACUCACUGUCGGUGUUCUUUGAACGAUUGACAGCAGUGCCCUCAUGUAUUAAAUGUUAUGGUGGCGAGUCGAUUGUACUCGUGGCUCACUCAGCCACUCAUGUUCAAUCAAUAUUCAACAAGAUCGAUGGUAUCAAGUUCAAUCUGAGCACAAGUGAAGGACUGCUGGGCAGCACGAUGUUGGAGUAUCUCACCGAUCACACUCACUUGGCAACCAAUGAUGAGCUCACAAUGAUACUCAACAGACAUGGUGAUGGAGACGAAGAUGUGAUCCCAACCUCAAGGACUGUGAUGGACAGCAAGACAUUGGUUGACAAGAUAAGGAAGUUGGAGGGCAAGAGUGAUGAGGAGUUGAUAUCACAGUAUGAUAAUCAGUAUGAGGAUAUUGAGGAUGUUCAAUCAUUAAUGAGGCGGCAAGGUGAUCUGCACAUGGCAGAGGACCAGCCAUCAACCUUCAACGACUAUAUCGUCAACGAAAAGAAGAAACAACAACUCAUACAAUCAGUCACAAGCAACACGAUCACAUUUGAACAAGCCUUUGCUGAGUUGUCCACGAUUAGUCCUUCAACAACUUCCACAACAUCGAUAACAUCGACAACAUCGACUACUCCACCAUACCAAGUUGUUGAGAAUGAUCCUGGACAGAACUACAAGGAGGAGACGAACUGUUCAUCAUCCAAGCAAGAUCCAAUCACUUUCAAACCAAAGACAAAGGUGUCGAAGCCCAAGGCCAAGCCAAAGAAGGUGUUGGAGCGCACAAUCAACUUUGAUUGA